UAUGAAUCCAUAAUGUUAUAUGAUAAUUGUAUCAAAUAUUAGUAUUAUCGUAAAUGGGUUACAACAAGUAGUAAUCAUUCAUAGUUCCACUCUCAAACCACGGAUUAUAUUUUUAACGUCUUUACCAAAAACAUAUUAUUUUAGUCUUUACUACCUCGAAAAGGAAAAGAAAAAGGAAUUAUGGGAUUCUUUAAAAGUUCCAUAUUAGCUACGGUUUCGGUUUAUGGUGGACUAUGCGGACUUAACAAGGUUGUUAAUCUGCCAGAGCCUUUCCGAUACUACUUCCGCUAUUUUGCAACCUUCACUUUUUUAGCUAUUAGUGCUGCUUAUGGUGUCGUUGCUUCUGCCAUUUGCCGUUUAUGUGGACAACCAGUUUUAGGACAAUAUCUCACUGCGAAGGCCUACUAUCACAUCACGAGCCCAGUAUUAGACGUCCGUUUCAGGGUUGAAAAUGAGGAGAUUUUAAGAAAGAACAAGCCAGCUGUUUUGGUUGUUAAUCACCAAUCUGAACUAGAUCUUUUGCUUGCUGGAAAAGUUUUUCAACCCAAAUUCUCAAUUAUUUCAAAGAAGUCCUUAAAGUACAUUCCUUUACUAGGAUGGUUCAUGCUGCUUGCAGAUGCCGUGUUUGUUGACCGUGCCAGACGUGAAGAUGCUAUUGCUCUUUUUUCAAGAGCUGCUCAGCGCAUGAAAGCCGAAAAGCUUGACAUUUGGGUUUUUGCCGAAGGAACUCGUACUUAUGCAAAGGAGCCAUUACUAUUACCACUUAAAAAGGGUGCUUUCCAUUUGGCUGUUCAAGCCCAAGCUCCUAUUAUUCCUAUAGCUGUUCAAAACUAUUCCCAUAUUUUCCAUCCUCCCACUAAGGUUUUUAAUAAGGGUGAAGCACUUGUAAAGAUUUUGGAUCCCAUACCUACAGCUGGGAAAACAUCUGAAGAUGUGAAUUCUUUGUUACGUGAAACACAAGAAAAAAUGGAAGCAGCCAUGACUGAAAUUAAUGACUACGGUAAAGAAGAUGCGAAAACCAAGUAAAGAAGUGUGAAGCAUAAAUUGAUAUGCAGCCUUCGGAGACUUUUUUCUUUAGAUGUUAUUUCAUUUUAUGCUAGAAACUUUGACGAUAGACGUUCUGACUAAAUAUAUAUUCCUAUCUCUUUUGAA